AGGGGCAUGAAUGAGAAUCACAGUGAAGUGUCUCUCAUGAGUCAUAAGUAUUUACAAGGACAUACUUCUUAAUUGUAAUAGCUAACAACCUUAACACCAGGCCCGUUGAGACCUAAGAUAAAGCCUGGGGCUUCUUUUUCUCACCUCUCUUCCUGAGGCUAGCUACUACACCCUGGACCUUUCAGUUCAUGGCUGCAACUACCAGCUCCACGAAUUGCUCUAGCUUCUUCAAUCCUCGUUCAAAUUCUGUUGAGCCAAGGGUCCGGACCUCAACCAGCCAUGGCUCAUCACCCGGGUGUGGAAAGCUUGAUGGGGUAGCCAUGUGGUUCAUCAAUGGUGUGGCAGGUGCUUUUUUUGCAUCCAUGGAGAGAUGUUCUUGCAUCCGUAUAGCCACUGAAGAUGACGGUGACGAAGCUAAUGAUGCACCAUUGAUUCUCCAUGAUGGGAACACGAGGCAUCAUGAAGGCGGCACUAUUAACCGGAGAAGGACGGGGAAAGGCAAGAGGAGUACUAGAGCAUUCGAUGAGGACUAAAAUUAUGCAUAUGGCUCCAUAAGCAAACUUGAAAAGAAAGGUUCGUUUCGGUAAGUUGUGGGGUUUUAGGAUGUGUGAGGUUGGUUUGUUCUUUUUGUUUCUGGAAAAUGGUAAGAGGGGUUGCGUUUGAUGGUCUGGUCUCUUAUGAAUUACGAUACUGUGAUCGAUCAAGAUGAGUGAAAGCAAUUCAAUAAGAGCGCUCAGAUUAUAUAUAUAUGUUGAUAAAUUUCCACUAAUUAAAAGUUCUGUUUCCCUUGUGCUUUUGGGUUUGUGCGACGGUAAAAUCUCUCCAGCAUCUGUUUUCAUCACUGUAGCUUUUUAAAGAAAGUUUCAACUGUAAUUUUGAUCGAUCAGCUAGCUAUGUAUAAUCAUCUGGGUCGUCAUCUUCGGUAUCAGCUGGUCAAUUCAUGUAUUGCUUUCUUCUGCAAA